CACAGAGGCAGCCGAUCGCCGGGGGGUGUGGAUCCGGAUCCGAAGCUUGUCCCAGGGGAAGCCUCAUGGAUUUAGGAGAGGUCUUCCUGGUCUCCCUUGGGGGAGCAGUGCUUCUCUUCUGCACAUGGAAGCUCCUAAGGGUCACGCAGCAGCUGUUCCCCAAGACAUGGUACCCAGUGCCCAAAUCCUUCUUCUCCUCCCUGGGAGAAUGGGCAGUUAUCACUGGCGGAUCAGAGGGGAUCGGAAGAGCCUAUGCCUUUCAGCUGGCGAGACAUGGUCUGAACAUCGUCAUCAUCAGCAGGAACCUGGCGAAACUGGAGACCGCGGCGAAGGAGAUAGGAGAAACAACAGGGAAAGAAGUCAGAGUAAUUGUAGCUGAUUUUACCAAGGACGACAUCUAUGAGCACAUCGAGGAGAAUCUCACAGGUCUCAAUGUGGGUGUUUUAGGUAAACUGCCAAACACAUGCAUAUUGAAUAAUGUAGGAAUUAUCCCAAGUCACACACUGUGCAAACUCCUGGACAUAGAGGACCUAGAGCAGGUAAGAGCAGUAUCUACCUGUACACCUGUCUACCUGUCCACUAACAUACCUGUCUGUCUACCAGCACACCUGUUUACCUGUCCAUUCACGUGUCCCCUGUACACCUGUUAUUAUUUAUUUAGUUAUUUCUUGUCAAUAUUUUGUUUAUAUAUCUACCAGACUCUUAGACGGAGGGAGCUGUAUGGAACAUAUUGCUUUAGCAUAUACUCAGACGUGUUAUGUCACCCUGAAGUGUAUACGCUAAAGAAACAGUCACUGUCAGUGUCGUCCACUUCCAGUCAUUCUAAUGUAACCCAAAAUGAGCCUUGGCUAUAUAGAACCAACACACAACCUGCAGGGAGUGCCAACACGGACAGGUCAAUGCACCACCGUCUGAUAUGGAAGGUGAGCAGGAACUGGACCGAUAAGAAAGCACUGACCACAGUCUCGUGUCAUCAUUGUUUUCAGAGGAUCACGAGCGUGAUCAACUGUAAUGUGAAGGGCUUAAUGAAGAUGUGCAGAAUAGUUUUGCCUCGGAUGGAGGAAAGGGGGAAGGGGCUCAUUCUCAACAUGUCCUCGGGCGUGGCGGGGGUCCCGUGCCCACUCUACACCAUGUACGGCGCCUCCAAGCUUUUUGUUGAAAGGUUCUCUCGAUCUCUUCAAGCAGAGUAUAAAUCGAAAGGAAUCAUAAUUCAGGCAGUGAUACCGUUUGGGGUUUCCACGGCGAUGACCAACUUUCAUAAACCGGACAUGGUCACGUUCACCCCAGAGGAGUUUGUGAAAGCGUCGCUGGACUACGUUUUGGUGGGAGACUGUACACACGGCAGUAUCUCCCAUCAGAUCCUGGGGUGGAUCUUGCAAGCAAUUCCAAUUCAGAUCCUACAUAGCGAGGUUAUGCAAGAGAAAUUGUCUGAGUUUGUCAACAAGAGUGUCAACGGUAACUGAUUCAAUAAAAUCUGAAAAUAAGCUUUUGAUUGGCUUACCGGGCCAUGCUCCUGUCAUUUUAUAGGAAUCCUCCCACUUAUCAAAAGCUCAGGAUGGAGGCCUACGCCACUGUUGACACUCAACUUGAUAUCAACUGACCGUCAGUUCAGCGUCAAUGAAAAGUAGCAACUCAUUGAGACUCUGUUAAUACUCGACACUUGUCUUGUUGACAAUAAACAAAUGGCUCUUAACUAUUCAUGAUGUCACACGAGGAUGAAGUGUGGGUAAAUGACAACAUGUUGAUAAUCAUGCCAUAUUUAGUUGAUUGUUCAUUCAACAGUACUUGAAAUAGCCACAGACAUGCAAUUGAUGGAUAGUUGAGAUUCAGCUGAAUAUUUGAUGCUCAGUUGAUUUCUGCUUACUUAGUGCAGAGAGAGAGUUGAGACACAGAAAACAGACAGGAAAUACUUUGUUUAGUGUCAACAGAGUAUUUCUUGACAGGAGUGUUGAGUGUCAACAGAGUGACUCUUGGCAAGAUUUUGGAAACGGAAUCACCUUACAAUGCAAUUGACUUCAAAGUGACACUCAAGUGAUAUUCGGUUGAUAUCUGGGUAGCAAAAUUAUAUGCUGUAUCUAAGUCUCUGUGUCUCCAUAGAAAUAUUAGAAUGUUUCUGUGUAUGACAACCAGAUUUACUUACGUUUGCCAUUUCCAUAGGUAAUGGCCCAAGUAAAUCUUGUACGUGCAAUAUUCCUUGGUGAUAUUUAUACUGAUCCUCUCCAUGGCAAAGUGGUUUGGUCCUUGUUUUACCAGAGGAUUGCAGUUUAGAAUACAGUGAAGGGCAGUAUUAGUGUACCCAUGCUCUGCUUUUGUAACCCAGCUAUUGAAAUAGAGGAGGACAGGUGAAGGGCAGGCGCGGGUACGUAUUUUACCACACAGCUGGUGCGUGCAGGUAGACUGUUCUUGUGUCCCUGUAUGGAUGUUUUAUUGUGGUUCCCACGCUUCUCCUGGGCUGCCCCCAACUGAAACCAGGCAUUUGAUGUGUUCCAUCGCCACGACAUCUGAUGCUGUCAAUCAAGGGCUUGAUUAGUCGUAUCAGGUGUGCUUGAGGUAGAACACAAUAGACACCUGGAUCUGACUGGGGGUCCCCGAGGAGAGGUAUUGGGAACCACUAGUCUAAUCUAUAAGUGAACUGGUGUUGGUAUACACAGCUAGGCAGCUAAUUAAGCAACUGGGUGACUGGUGGAAACAAAAAUGUGAAUAUGCACCUCAUUUACAACCCACACUCAGACAUGGUGUAAGAGUAUCCCACAGAAAAGAUCACUUUCUGCCUGUAACCCUCCCCAGUGGGGUGAGAGCCAUAACCUCCGAUCACACCAAGUACAGAGCCCUUUGUUCUGGUUCGAUAUUGGCCUGGCAGAACACUCUGUUAACCUCUCAGAAUGUGGAACGUGACCGUUGAAUCAUGGGAAAUGCAGGCCCCCUGGGACUCUGCUCCAGACACUGAUGGACAGCAGCCCAGUGCCGUGCAGUUAAUCAGUCAAUGAAAGAAAGUCGUCUGGUUCCUCUUGACUAAAAAGGAAGUCUGGAAAAAAAGAACCUGGUCACAUAAAUUCCAAUUAGAUCAGUGCUGACCUGGGAUCAGUUGUGCCUUUUAGCUCAUAAUUCACCUGGUUGCCUGGUUACCUGGGAUGCAGAGAGUGUACCAGGUUGACCGGCCCACCCCUUCAAUCACGGUAGUGUCAAACUGCCCUCUGGGCACAGGUAUGGGUCCAAACAUUUUGAGAAUCACUGCCCCGUUUCUCAGCAUCCAUGUGUUAAAAAGCAGGUGAAAGAGAAGCUUCGCUGUUCAGUCAUUGUCAUUGUUAAGGUGAACAUUUCUGCUUCCCAUUUGUUAUCUCAGUUCUUGCUGCUGUUUGUAAAUCUGUCCCAGUGUUCAGGCAUGCUGUUGUCCUCACUGGCAAUAUUCAUGGGUGUAUUUCCUGGCGAAUAAAGAAUUUUUUAAUUUAAAUGCGAGUUUGAAUGAGUGUGCUGUUUCCUCCCACCGCCACACUAGGGACUAGAGGCCCAGACCUUUCCGUCC